GAAUAAAGCCCAGCGUGAGCUCGUCAGCACUUGGUGGGAAGCUGCGGAAAAGGAUGGACGUGCUCGACAGUCUCCUUAUGAACGGAAGCAACAUUGCCCCUCUCUGCGAACUCGGGCUCGAAAAUGAGACGUUGUUCUGCUUGAAUCGGCCCCAUGCUUCCAAAGAGUGGCAGCCCGCUGUGCAGAUCCUCUUGUAUUCCUUGAUAUUCCUGCUCAGCGUGCUGGGAAACACGCUGGUCAUCACGGUGCUGAUCCGGAACCAGAGAAUGAGGACUGUCACCAACAUCUUCCUGCUCUCCCUGGCUGUCAGCGACCUCAUGCUCUGCCUCUUCUGCAUGCCGUUCAACCUCAUCCCCAAUCUACUCAAAGAUUUCAUCUUUGGCAGUGCUGUCUGCAAGACCACCACCUACUUCAUGGGCACCUCUGUGAGUGUAUCUACUUUUAAUCUGGUUGCCAUAUCUCUUGAGAGAUACGGUGCGAUUUGCAAACCCUUGCAGUCCCGGGUUUGGCAGACAAAGUCCCAUGCGCUGAAAGUGAUUGCUGCUACCUGGUGCCUCUCCUUUACCAUCAUGACUCCGUACCCAAUUUAUAGCAACUUGGUGCCUUUUACCAAAAAUAACAACCAGACAGCCAAUAUGUGCCGCUUUCUGCUGCCAAAUGAUGUUAUUCAGCAGUCCUGGCAAACAUUCCUGUUGCUCGUCCUCUUUCUUAUUCCUGGAAUUGUGAUGAUGGUGGCCUAUGGAUUAAUCUCUUUGGAACUCUACCAAGGAAUAAAAUUUGAUGUUAGCCAGAAGAAAUCUGCUAAAGAAAGGAAACUCAGCUCGGGCAGCAGUGGCCGGUACGAGGACAGCGAUGGGUGUUACCUGCGGACGUCCAAGCACCCCAGGAGGCUGGAGCUGCAGCAACUAUCCACCCGCAGCAGCAGCAGCAGGGUGGGCCGCAUCAGGAGCAGCAGCUCCGCAGCCAACCUGAUGGCCAAGAAGCGGGUGAUCCGCAUGCUCAUUGUCAUCGUGGUCCUCUUCUUUCUAUGCUGGAUGCCCAUUUUCAGCGCCAACGCCUGGCGGGCGUAUGACACCGCUUCUGCCGAGCGCCGCCUCUCAGGGGCCCCCAUCUCCUUCAUCCUCCUGCUGUCCUACACGUCUUCUUGUGUCAACCCUAUCAUCUACUGCUUCAUGAACAAACGCUUCCGCCUCAGCUUCCUGGCCACCUUCCCCUGUUGUCCCAGCCCCGGCCCCGCAGGAGUGAGAGGAGAAGUGGGAGAGGAGGAAGAAGGCAGGACCACCGGGGCCUCACUGUCCAGGUAUUCCUACAGCCACAUGAGUGCUUCUGCCCCACCCCCGUGAACCACCCUGGGUCCCUCCACUGCACAAGGCAGG